GUGGAUAGAACAUAGAACGAUUGAACUGUACAACUCGUAUUUGAUUAGAUUUCUUAUUUAGAAGCGAAUUUUCAGUGAAUGUUUUUCUAAAAAGGUUGUAAAUUUAUCGGUUCUUUGUUGAGAAAAAUGCAAGCUUUACUAGGUCUCUUGAUAUUGGUUACUGGAUCCCAUUGUUUGUAUUCCUCCAAUUCAGAUGUUAUAGAUCUCAGACCAAACAAUUUUGACAGUUUAGUAUCAAACAGUGAUAAUGUUUGGAUUGUGGAAUUUUAUGCACCAUGGUGUGGACAUUGUCAACAGUUAACAGCUGAAUAUGAUAAAGCUGCUACUGCUUUAAAGGGUGUUGUAAAAGUUGGUGCAGUAAAUGCAGAUGAACAUAAAUCCCUUGGAUCAAAGUAUGGAAUCCAAGGUUUUCCAACACUUAAAAUUUUUGGUGUUGAUAAUAAACCGGAAGAUUACAAUGGACCGAGGACUGCAGCUGGAAUUGUUGACACCGCUAUAAACGCAGUCAGUAAAAAAGCACGGAGAGCUUUGGGUGGUAAAAAAAGCAGUGGAGAUUCUAAGUCUAAAGAUUCCAAAGAUGUCGUCGAAUUAACAGAUGAAAAUUUUGAGAAAUUGGUAAUGAAUUCGGAUGAUCUGUGGUUAGUUGAGUUUUAUGCACCCUGGUGUGGCCAUUGUAAAAACUUAGCUCCCAUUUGGGCAUCAGCAGCUACAGAACUGAAAGGAAAAGUCAAAUUAGGUGCUAUUGAUGCUACUAUAAAUGGAGUUAAAGCUAGUCAGUACAAAAUAAAGGGAUACCCUACCAUCAAAUACUUUGCACCUGGCAAAAAAUCUUUUGAUUCCGUGCAAGAAUACGAUGGUGAUCGCACAAGCAGUGAUAUUGUAAGUUGGGCACUGGAGAAACUAGCAGAAAAUAUACCGGCACCGGAAGUAGCUCAAAUUGUAAAUGAAAAAAAUUUAAGAGACGCGUGCGAAGAUAAGCCUCUGUGUGUUGUAUCUGUUUUACCACAUAUCUUAGAUUGUCAGUCAGAUUGUAGAAAUCAGUAUUUGAAAACAUUAAACAACCUUGGAGAAAAAUAUAAACAGAAGAUGUGGGGAUGGGUUUGGGCUGAAGCUGGCGCUCAGCCUCACAUCGAAGAAGCAUUAGAAAUAGGAGGUUUUGGCUAUCCUGCAUUAGCAGUUGUAAAUAUUAAAAAAAUGAAAUACUCAUUAUUAAAAGGAAGCUUCUCUUAUGAUGGUAUAAAUGAAUUCUUACGAGAUUUGAGCUAUGGACGGGGAGGCACAGCUCCUUUGAAAGGUUCUCAAUUACCUGAAAUCCUUGAAACAACACCAUGGGAUGGCAAGGACGCCGAACCACCGCAAGAAGAAGAAAUAGAUCUUAGCGAUAUAAACCUAGAUGAGAAGGAUGAACUGUAAUUACAGAACCCAAUUCUUUCCCAGAAAACUGAAGUGUAUCAUCAUUCUGUUAUUCAAACAUCAAUCCUCAGGAAUUUUAAGUAUAUUAAAUUAAAUGCUCAGAUAACAAUUCUUCCAUUGAAGUCAAUUUUACAAAAUUUAAUCUGUUCGUUACGAUAUUAUUGUAUAACUUAAAUUUCGAAUGUAGUUUAACUCGCAUCGCUUUUAUUGUACAAAAAUAAAGAAACAGGUACAAUAUCAGGGGAUGUAUCUAAAUACUUUAAAGCAAUUAUUUGUAUAUUUUUUAAAUGAUAGUAGAUCGUACGAAGUUGUAAAACUUCAUAGUGAAAACAAAGUAUAUACUUGUCCUCUGAUUGUAUUUAAACUAAAUCUUUUUUAUGAAAAUAUUGUAAACAUAAAAUAAUUACCACUAAUGUAUAAGAUGUUAAUGCAUUCCAUAAGAUCUUUGGUUCUCCCUACAAUGGGACCAAAAUAUGGUUUUUAUUAUGGUACAUAUUUCUGGUCUUCAUGUUUAUUUAAAAAUUUCAUUACUUAACUGAGUUAUGUAGUCUUCCAUCAUAAUUAUCAAGAGAAAAUUUAUGUCAUGCAACAUUACAACAAUGCAACAUAUCUUUAUACAUAUAUCAAAACUUCAAAUAAUCACUUCCUCAUUUAUACUUA